CCGUGGUGAGGUGGAGAAGAAAUGGUUGUGGAAUGGUAGAAGGUAUUGGUGGAGGUAUUGUUUACAAAUAUUUACCCUCAUAGCUUCUUGUACUUUCGGUUUGCUCGGUUGUGGAUUGCGUGUUUUUGGUGGCUUUGAAGUGAUAAAUAUUGAAUGCCCCGUAAACAGUUUACAGUAUCAUUCAAUAUAAACGUUCUUACACCGAUGAUCGAUGGAGUCCUUACCUGGAUCCAGUGGAGGCAGCACAUCAUGAUACUGAUACUUUACGGUCCACGCACUGGUGGUGCUGGUGCUUUCAAAUCAUAGUGAAACUUUCCGAACAAUCUGAUGGCAGAGAAUCGAAUUAGUCGUUCGUUGAAACCACAGAUGAAUGAAGAAUAGAGGAAGCAUCCAUACAAUCUACUGGACAACGAAUGCAUAAAAUACUUACCUACGCAUAAUUGCUAAUGCUAUCCAGUGAAGCAUUAUACGCCUGACGGGUACGAAAGAUAAGGGUUUCGAGGUGGAUGCGGCACAAUUCUAUCCUAUUCCUUGUAAUUUAUGGUACUUAGCACGAGAAUCGAACAGCUUCACUUAAUCUACCAGUGUAAUUUUAUCGAGUGGUAUGCCGUAAUUCGAUACGUCCGAUAGGCCUUUGGUAGCUGUAUGAAGAAAACAACGUCACGCAAAUUUCUUUUUAGAGCUGGUAAAGGAACUGUUUAUCUUCAGUGCUAUGUGCAACGACGAUGAUAAAUGUAGAAACUUGGUUUACUGAACCGAAAAACGAUGCUUUAUGUUUGUUUAUUUUGGUAGUCCCAAACCAUAUGAUUAAGUAAACAAACUUUGAAGUUUCUCGACCGGCCAAAAUCCAAAAUGUCUACCUGCCAAAUCGACAAAAAUUCACCUUCUAAAUAUAUACACCUUGGUGAAAACGAAUGCUCGGCGAGCUGUCACUUUUGACAGCUGUUUGUUGUUGUUUGUCGAUGUCCCUUUGGAAACGGACACGAAUGCUCUUUCUCCCUUCAGUUACGGCUGCACCACGAUAGUCGACCAAAUGUCACAACAUUGAAUUAUGUAAAAAGCGGACCGUACAAAUGUUUUCAAUUUCACGCACGGUUCGUUCGAUGUAGCAGGACGAUUUGCAAUCGUAAUAAAUGAUUAUUCGAAAGAGCACUACGCUGAAACAGAUUCUGGACCGAUGGCCCGGUAAACGAACGUUCGGUAUCUAUCGAUUCCUGCCCAUCUUCUUCGGACUCGGAGCGGCGUUGGAAUUUUCGAUGAUCCACUGGCGUGUAGGAGAAACUAAUUUCUAUAAUACAUUCAAAAAACGGCAGGCGAAAGAAAUUGUGGAAGAAAAAUUGCGCCUCCAUCAGCUGGAACCGAUUCCCCAACAGUAGUAGAUUGUGCAAGACGGUGAAAUCAGUGCGGGGGAAUCAUGCCGGCUGGCGUUCCGCUGCGUCAGUAUCUGACCUUCAUGGCGGCCUCUUUGCUGUCCAUGUUCGUCGGAUCACAGGUAGUUCACAAUUACUAUCAUCCACUGCGGGACCUGAACUAUUACGUGGAGCGAGAGAUAAAAAUGCAAAGGUUGCGCGAAGUGCCACAACCCCCGGAAAGUGGAGAUGCUUCCAAGGAAGGUUAAAUAAACAGGACAGCUAGUCGAUAAUCGCGGUUACACACGUA